GCUCUCUCGUGAAUCCGCAAUGCCAUUUCUUCAAAGCACCAUCUGCGACGCUCGCAACGCGCUCAAGUGACUCGGCAGCUCAAGCCGUGCUUGGCACGGCCAGUUUUCUUUUUCCCAUGGCAUAUCUUCCUCAGCCAUCCUGUCAUUAUUUGAACGUGCCAUGAUGAGCCUUCGCAACGGCCUAUCCAAGUGGCCAACGUCUAUGCGACUUAUAGACAGGUUAGACCUUGGCUUUACGACAUCUGCAAGUGAAAUAUUGCUCUAUCUGGCGGCGACACUGGCCCUAGGAUAUCACAUUCUCGUCUACUUUGACCUUUUACCACAGCGUUACUUUUAUCAACUCCUUUGGAAUUGUUUGGUCUUCGUCACUCCUUUCCGGCUCAUCUCUGCCAUGGAUCGGACACUUGCAAGUAUUCCAGACGAAAAUGGUAAUGGGAGCGAUGGGUUCUCAGCAAGGAGUCAUGCAGCGAAAAGCGAGGCACUGCGCAAGAUUUUUGGACUGGAAAAAGGCCACCUUUUCCCCAGCAUCGAGGGCAACCGAGUCAUCUCAAGUGUGGGAACAGUAUGGAAGGGAGGUAGUAGUGGAGUACCGCCAGGUCUUGGGAACUGGGAUAACUCCUGCUAUCAAAACAGUGUUAUUCAGGGCUUGGCAUCUCUUCCAUCGCUGUCUGAGUUUCUUGCGUCUUCAUCAACCAAAUUCCUCGGCCCUAACCAUGGACCUACCAAUUUUGCCUUGCGGGAAAUUAUAGAGAAACUCAACGAACCUGCCAACUGUGGACGGCGAUUCUGGACGCCGGCCGAGCUGAAGUCUAUGAGCAGCUGGCAACAGCAAGAUGCCCAAGAAUACUUUUCAAAGGUGUUGGAUCAGGUCGAUAGAGAGAUCACUACCGUUGCGAGAAGAGAUUUGGGUAUGCGGGGCCUGGGAAACAUCACCAUGUCUACUGCCCAGGUCGUCGAAGGCACGAGCCGGAUAGAUCGGCAAAGUGAUUGUAGUGAUGGUGACAUUGAAAAACGUCAAAAAGCAGACGCCAAGAACGAAGCUCGAUCUUACCUUGUGCCGGCUCCACAGCGUAACCCUCUGGAGGGACUCCUCGCGCAGCGAGUUGGCUGCAUGGCCUGUGGAUAUUCAGAAGGGCUAUCGCUGGUCCCUUUCAACUGCUUAACAUUGCCCCUUGGGCAAGGAUGGCAAUUAGACAUACGCGACUGUUUGGACGAGUACACCGCACUGGAGUCGAUAGAAGGUGUUGAAUGUGCAAAGUGUACACUUCUUCGCCGACGGGAGCAGCUAGAGAAACUGCUCCAAGGGCCUUCUGUCACACGCAUGGACGGUCAAGAAGACAUCCAACAACUCCCUGAAGCUCUUCGUGCCCCAGCAGCAGGCCGCCUCUUAUCAGUCAAAGAGGCACUAGAAGAAGCAGAUUUUUCAGAGACUACGCUAAGUAAAAAGUGUCAAAUACCUCCAAAAGGUCGAGUGACAUCCACCAAAUCACGACAGGCGGUUAUUGCACGUGCACCAACGUGUCUUGUUGUUCAUAUCAAUCGAAGUAUCUUCGACGAGUAUACUGGAGCAUUGAGGAAGAACUAUGCUGAGGUCCAGUUUCCCGAGGUGUUGAACCUUGGACCAUGGUGCCUUGGCUCUCGGGCAAGCAAAGCUCCAAAGCAGAACCAAGAGGAGCUAGAGCAAUGGCGACUGGAUCCCAGGAGGUCGAUGCUUUCCGAGGACAGCAUGACUGCUUAUUGUCCCGAUGGGUUUUCUUACGACCUUCGUGCUGUUAUUACCCAUGCAGGGCGUCAUGAGAACGGUCACUAUAUCUGCUACAGAAAGCAUCCAUAUACCGCAGGUACGGCAAGUCUUGCAGAAGAAAAGGGCGAGGCAGAAGAUGGAAUUGCUACUGAGCGUUGGUGGCGUCUCAGUGAUGAUCAAGUUUCUAUGGUCACCGAGCAGAACGUUUUGAGCCAGGGCGGUGUCUUUAUGUUAUUCUACGAGCGCGUUGACGAUGACCGCUCUUCUUCAUUAUCAGACCAUGUGCAGCCUACGGCUGAUGGAACAACCAAUCCCGAUAAAUCCUCUCCCGAUGAUCUCACGCCAUGUGGCUCUCGAACACCAUUAUCCCAAGAAGCACCGUCUGUCCCCGCAACAGAAGAAUUUUCUCAACCUCAUCCAACAGAGGAGAACAAGCCUCUCCGGAACUCUUUCCUGAAUAGUUCACCCCUAUCAGGGCCAGCUAGGAGCAAUUCCAACGAGCAGUCAGAUGCCCACGAUAGCCAAUUGUCGUUCAAAAAUGGCGGCAUGGAGCAGAAGAAUGCUCAAGCUCCUAGCAUCAUUCAUGACCUCCACGGCCCCGAAGAAUCAAGCCAUACGACUCCUCGAAUAGAUCCUUUAUCCAAACUCAAUGCGGUAUCGCGCCCAGAAACGCUCGAUUCUUCCUUAUUAGCAACGUCGUUGGACCGCCGAGAUGGCGACGAUCCACACCCAACGGCACCACAAAACAAAGUCCCUUCCCAUUCAAAGGAAGAUACUGAUUCUCAACCCAACUCUAAACCCGCUUCAAACAAACAGUACUCGGACGACCGCACAAACGGUGGAGAUAAGCUCAAGGCCAGCGGCAAUAGCAAUGGCAAUAGAAGCAACAAUGACAGAGAGCGUACUAGAUCAGCAAAGACCAGUAGUAGCAGUAAUCCUACUAACAGCACCAAGCCUGCUACGAACGGGAUACCUGUAAUCGCAGCUAAUUGAAAUAAAACACACAAAUCAUGAAGAC